CGACACGCGGUCGAGCCUCCAGCCCGCCCCUCGCGCGCCUGCCUCUCGCUCCCUUCCCGUUGACGCGGCGGCGGAUCGGCACAUUCACGCGCGCGCUGCAGCCCGCCGUCUCCUCCCAGCCCGGCGCGAACAUGGCGGCCCUCAAACUCCUCUCCGCCUGGCCCCGGCUCUGCGCCUCCACCUGCCGCUCCGGCGGCGUCUGGUCCAAGGGAUGUGUUGGCUACUUUUCAACCAGCACACAUCUCCAUACCAAAUUUUAUACAGAUCCAGUGGAAGCUGUAAAAGACAUCCCUGACGGUGCAACAAUACUGGUUGGUGGUUUUGGGUUAUGUGGUAUUCCAGAGAACCUUAUAGGAGCUUUACUGAAGACGGGCGUAAAAGGGCUGACUGCAGUCAGCAACAACGCAGGGGUUGACAACUUUGGCCUGGGCCUUUUGCUCCGAUCCAAGCAGAUAAAACGCAUGGUGUCUUCCUAUGUGGGAGAAAAUGCAGAAUUUGAACGACAGUACUUGAGUGGUGAAUUAGAAGUAGAGCUGACACCUCAGGGCACGCUUGCAGAGCGGAUUCGUGCAGGUGGGGCUGGAGUUCCUGCAUUUUAUACCAGCACCGGGUACGGGACCCUGGUGCAACAAGGAGGGUCACCGAUCAAAUACAACAAAGAUGGCAGCAUUGCCAUUGCCAGUAAGCCAAGAGAGGUGAGGGAGUUUAACGGCCAGCAUUUUAUUUUGGAGGAAGCUAUUACGGGAGAUUUUGCUCUGGUGAAAGCCUGGAAGGCAGACCAAGCAGGAAACGUGAUUUUCAGGAAAAGUGCAAGGAAUUUCAAUUUGCCGAUGUGCAAAGCUGCAGAAACCACAGUGGUGGAGGUUGAAGAAAUUGUGGAUAUUGGAUCAUUUGCCCCAGAAGACAUCCAUAUUCCUAAGAUUUAUGUACAUCGCCUUAUAAAGGGAGAAAAAUAUGAGAAAAGAAUUGAGCGUUUAUCAAUCCGGAAAGAGGAAGAUGUAAAAACCAAAUCCGAUAAACCUGGAGAUAAUGUAAGGGAACGUAUCAUCAAGCGGGCAGCUCUUGAAUUUGAGGAUGGCAUGUAUGCCAAUUUGGGCAUAGGAAUUCCACUUCUGGCCAGCAACUUCAUCAGCCCAAAUAUCACAGUUCAUCUACAAAGUGAAAAUGGAAUCCUGGGUUUGGGCCCAUAUCCAUCACAAAAUGAAGUUGAUGCAGAUCUAAUCAAUGCAGGCAAGGAAACAGUUACUGUUCUUCCAGGAGCCUCUUACUUCUCCAGCGAUGAGUCAUUUGCAAUGAUUAGAGGGGGCCAUGUCAAUCUAACAAUGCUAGGAGCAAUGCAGGUUUCCAAAUAUGGUGACCUUGCUAACUGGAUGAUACCUGGGAAGAUGGUGAAAGGAAUGGGAGGAGCAAUGGAUCUAGUGUCCAGUGCUAAGACCAAAGUGGUGGUCACCAUGGAGCAUUCUGCAAAGGGAAAUACACAUAAAAUCAUGGAGAAAUGUACAUUGCCACUGACUGGAAAGCAGUGCGUCAACCGCAUCAUUACUGAAAAGGCUGUGUUUGACGUGGACAGCAAGAAAGGACUGACUCUGAUUGAACUCUGGGAAGGCCUGACCGUGGAUGACAUCAAAAAGAGCACCGGGUGUGAUUUUGCAGUUUCACCCAAACUCAUGCCAAUGCAGCAGAUCACAGCUUGAAGUGUGGAAUCGACAUUUGUCUCAGGUACCAAGAUGCACACAUAUAGAAGACCAAAGUAUUUGAAGAGUCACAUAUGUUAUGUCCAUAGUAUCAAACUCGAUAUGAGAUUGUCAAAGAGAGAACAAUGGCAUUUAAGAUGAAAUUGCUAAAGAAUAAAUGUUUCUUCCUGCCCAGCCCCCAACCAAAAAUGCAUAUGGUGAAAUCCCAGUCCACACUGUUGGGCCUUUUGGAAGUAAUUAGGUUUAGAGGAAGUUAUGCAGGUGGAUCCUUCAUGGUGGGAUGAGUCCCUUAAAAGAAAGGGAAACACCAGAGCCCAUUUUCUCUCUGCCAUGUGAGAAUGCAAGAAGUCAUCAUUGAAGAAGUCUUCAAAUGAUGAGAAGGGCCCUCACCAGACACCGAAUCUUCCAGCAACUUGAUCUUGGACUUUACAGCCUCCAGAACUGUGAAAAAUAAAUGCUUCCUGUUUAAGCCACCCAGUCUAUGGUAUUUGUUAUAGUAGGCUGAACUAAGACAUAUGUGAUCAACUUGGAGAAUGCUCAGGAUGAUGAUUUAAAAAGACUCAAACUAUGGAGAAAGAAUAAUGUACAUGGAAUAUUUAACUUGAACUAGAGAAGCUAAAGGAGUUAUUUAACAAUGUAAAGAAGGUACUGUGUAUAACUGGUGAAGAAUGUCCUAGGUCAAGGAAAGGAGAAGAAAAGGAUUAGCUAGGCAUUUCAUUUAGACAUUAAGCAGCAUUUCCUGACGAUGGGAUUUUUAAAGAACAGAGAUUAAAUUACUUACCUGUUUAUUUA